CUGAAAAGAGUUCUGGAAAACAAGUAUAACCAUGCAAACCGCAGUUUUACCACUAUUAGCCACCAUCCUCCUGUGUCCCGUAAAGGAAAUUGAAGCUGAUUGUGGAGACACUGAAGCCGACAUUGUCUUUAUUUUGGAUGCCAGUGGAAGCGUUCAGAGAGGAAAUUUCGAGAAAAUGAAAGAGUUUUUUAAGGCAAUGGUGGAAGGAUUUCAAAUAGGUUAUGAGAACGUCAGAAUUGGAUCUAUUACAUAUAGUAGUUCUGUACAAGAAACAUUUGAGCUAACGAGUUUUACUGAUAAAGCUAGUCUGAAGUCCAGAAUUUCAAGUAUCAUUUAUACUGGAGGAGGUACAAACACAGCAGCAGCGAUUCGGUAUGCUCGAACAACCAGCUUUUCUCCACAGUAUAGCAGACCUGAUGUUCCAAAAAUAACUGUUAUUAUAACUGAUGGUCAGUCAAACGACAGGUAUGCUACAUUGUCUGAAGCCGAAUUAUUGCGCAAUAGUAGCGUAAUCAUCUUUUCCGUCGGUGUUGGUAGCGGAGUGGAUAAAGCUGAACUCAAGGGAAUGGCGUCAAACGAGAGUUAUGUAUUUGACGUGUCGACUUUUGAUGCUUUGGACAGUAUUCGGGAUAAGCUUUCUAAAACCGCUUGCGAAGUUAUUUCUUGUGGACAUCCUGGAACGCCAUUAAAUGGAUAUCUUAAUGGGAGUGACUUUUCUAGUGGAAAAUCUGUUACAUAUGGCUGUAAUAACGAAUAUAAGCUCAUUGGCGACAGUCAAAGGACCUGCUUAAGUAAUAAAACCUGGUCUGGAAGCCUUCCAAAAUGCAUCUUUUUUAACACAUGCGGGAGCAAUCCUUGUAAGAAUGGGGCUACAUGUAUAAAUGGAGAGAAUAAGUACACCUGUGAUUGUGUCAGCGGUUACUCAGGAGUUCACUGUGAUCGAGAUAUCCAGCCACCAUUGGUUCAGGACUGUCCCUCAGACAUACGAAAAACGUCACCAUCGCGACAUGUUGAUGUGUUCUGGAAGGCACCACACUUCUACGAUCCAUUAAAUCACACUGUUGAGGUUACUACAAACUACCCGGAUCACGGAUCAACCUUUCUCUGGGGAGACUAUGUCGCUCGUUAUGAUGCUUUAAAAUCCUCCAACGGUCUCAGAGCCGAAUGUACCUUCAAAAUCAUUGUUCGACCUAACCCAUGUCCGAACGUUACUAUUCCAAGAAAUGGUGCUCUAGUUUGUAAUGGAUGGAAAAGGGAAUUCACUCAAUUCUGUGUAAUUUUCUGUCAAACUGGUACCCAACUGAGUUCUGGUCAUGACUUCCGCACAAGAUACAUCUGUGGUGGAAGUGGACAAUGGCUGCCAACAGGAAAUCUUCCUGCUUGUGAAUUAUCUCAGGUAACACCAUCAAAAGAUGACAGACCAUACUACUUCAAAGUUUGUGACAACAACAACAAAUUUAGAAUGAAGAAAGGAUACCAGUGGAUUUUGCAGAAUUCUAAUUUUAAAUUUCUCUGCAACAAUUACGGUGACCUUUGUAAAACGGAAAAUGUUGAUGCUCAGUGCUGAUUUUUUCCUCAAAUACUUAAAUUUCAGAAUAAAGCUUUGUUAUAUGUUUAAUAUAUAAUUUUAAUCUGCAUAUGCAAUCAAAACCGAAAAAUAAUUUGUCCACGACAUUACUUUGAAAAUGGAUCUCACGUUUCUUAGUUUCGUACUCGUAAAUUUCACCUUACAAAUUAAAUUGUAUUUUUAUAUGAAAUCAGCUGUGAAAAUAUUUGACAGGUUAAUAUCGUUAGAGACUGAAUUAAAAUGAUUAAAUAUGAACAAAUACAUUUCACCUUAGUUUGAUUAAAUAAAUUUUUUAGGCAUAUAUUGUCGGUUUUCAAUUCGAAAUUGAUCUAAAACUAAAAAACAAACAAACAAACAAAUUAGCUAACGAUAUGAGUUUAUCAUUUGCUAAAUGAAAGUAUACAACAUUAAAUUUAAAAACGUUUCUCAUCUUUGAGAUGGGUUUCAUGUAUUAUUUGUCAAAAAAAUGCAAAUAUUAACAAACGAACAAAAAUUACAUUACAACAAAGUUAUCAUCACAUUGUGCUUUUCCCGUUAAUAAUUACUUAUAUAAUAUUGUAAUGUUGGCGUGGUGUCUGAAGAGAGAAGAAAAGUUUUGAACAAAUGACAAAAUAACCCAUUGUAUUGUUUAAACACCCUAGGAAAUACAGAAGUUUUCUUUUUCCAUUUACAAUAUUUGUUUCAAUAUUACAGUUUGUAUCAAAUUAAUACUAUAACAUUUACAUCAACUGAGUAUUAUCUCGUUUAUUUUUUAUGAAAGCCACGGUCACUUAUCAAUAAGUAAAUGCCGCUAUCCAAGAUACCUGUAUAGAUUUCUUGAGGAGCAGCUCUUCCAUCAAUGAAACAUACAAUGACAUACAUACAUGUAUCAACAAUAAAAUAUUAACGUUCUCAA